AUGCUCGCCAUGCUCGCCCGCCUCGAGCGCGAGUGCGUCCUGACCCCGGACUCGAAGGACACGUUCGACAACUACGUCGCCGCCUACGCCAAGAAGCACGGCAUCACGCUGCGCGACGUCCCCGGGCUCAAGAACCUGCUGGCGGACGUGGAUGACAGCGUCAAGCUGCCAAAGGAAACUCACGGCGACGAUCUCUGGGGUUGGGAGAUGGCUUUCUCGGAGUAUAAGAAGGGGAGGAAGAUUGGCGGCGACGAUCUCGACAUCACGAGCUGGCCGAGCGUGGAGCGCAAGAGGGCCUCGUUCAACAACAAGGACCCUCUGGGGAAGAAGGAGAUUGAAGCCAUCAAGAACGGCAUGUUCAUGAUGCCUGGAUAG